AUGGUCAUGCCAGACAAUAGGGAAUUAGCGGAAUACAAAGUUGCGGUGGCACUCUGGAAAUACAUGUCGCCGUGUCUGAUGUUACUGGGUUUGGUGGGUAACACCUUAUCCUUCGUUGUUCUGUCCAAAUCAUCGAUGAGGAAAACAACAACCUCUUUGUAUCUGAGAUUCUUGGCUGUCUUUGACAGUCUCGUUCUUUACUCUGGACUGAUGCGACAUUGGAUCAUAUACAUCACAGUCUACGACAUUCGGGAAUAUAACUCUGCAGUUUGUAAGAUUCACACUGUUAUUCCGUCGACCAUUCUUACAAUAUGUAAUACUUCUAUCAUAUACAAAGUCGUCUCCAGCAGCCGUCAUAUUCUUCAGAACGAUUCCUCCAGUGGAAAUAGCAUCCAGCGCAGAUCUGUGUCAUCAAGACGAAAUAAGGCAUCAUUUCUAACCGCCAUGUUGCUCACCACCAGUUUUACCUAUGUCGUCUGCACUACGCCAUUUUGUAUUUAUUCGAUAUAUAAAAAGAUGCUUGGUCCCAGCCAAUAUGACACUCCUCAAGACAAAGCAGUUGACGAACUUGUGCGGUUGGUGGUAAACAUGUUGCAGUAUACAAACAACUGUAUAAAUUUUAUGUUAUACUGUGUUAGUGGAAAACGUUUUCGAGACGAACUGUCCGUUUUGUGUUCUCGCCAGGAACGACGACGUUUUGAGAUCUACAGCGUCCGUGUGAAGGACCAGAAACCCGGUUUUGAAAUUAGGACAGACCUCUAA